UAUUGAAUUCCCGGAGGACUCGGCUAGCAUUUUUACAGUUAGCGCUACAGGGGACCACUUUCACCGGUCCAGAGCUGGUUUAAUGCAUAGAUACGUGGCUUUUCUUUAUCCUCCUGUGCGCUGGGGGGUUUUGGACACAGCGGGCUCGCGUAGAGGGAGUUAGAUAGUUGUCGGGGGGUUUGCCAGAGAGAGAAGUUGAAUGGAUCCGAGGGUAGCCUGGAUUCAGCCCGAACAGAAAGGACCUGCGAACGCUUUAUGGAUGCACGUCUGGGAGACUUCUCAGGGACUACGCACUCAGCAGAAGCUCUACAAUCAAAACCACAACCAUUACGUAGCGCUGGAUGUUUUAAAGAGCAUCUGCAGCAGCAAUGGGAACGUUACAGGAGGAUUGAGCAGCAGCAGCAGCAGCAGCCAUCACAGCAUCUCCUCCAGUGCCACUGCCAUUGCCAUGUCCUCUCUGGGGAUGUGCAACGGGAAUACACCGGAUUCUUACACCGCAGCGAACAGCACGAGCCACAACAGGAGUAAAAACCAGAAAACUGGAUCUGUUUCUUCUGUAUCAUCCCAAGAAUCCAGCCCGGACAGUCCGCCUCCCUCCUCCUCCAGCUCCAGCAGCAGCAGCACACAUGACAGGACUAUCACAGGGAAUAUCAGUGGGAAUAUCAGUGGGAAUAUGGGGACUGCCGGUCUUCUGCUGCACCUGAGCGACAGCAUGGACAAUGUCAACCUCUAUCAGCACCAUCAGACCGUGUUCAACCUUCAGCAGAUCUGCGCAAACCAUCACCGUCACCAGAUCCUGUCUCUACCUGUACCUGUGCACCCCCCCCACAGUCACCACCCAGGCAGGAGGAAAUGUGACAAUAAAGCCAGCACUUAUGGCAUGAACUACCUGCUUUCAAACUGCUCCAAUGGCAAUUUCGUGAGCGCCUGGACGCCCUGGAAGACGAAGAAGUACAGUCCCGGGGUCCUUGGGCUGCACGAGGAAAUAAUGGACUUCUACAACUUCAUGUCUCCUCGGCCUGAAGAAGCAGCUAUGAGGAAGGAGGUGGUGAACCGGAUAGAACGGAUCAUCAAGGAGCUGUGGCCCACCUCAGACGUUCAAAUAUUUGGCAGCUUUAGUACAGGACUUUACCUACCAACCAGUGACAUCGACCUUGUGGUGUUCGGGAAGUGGGAGCGGCCUCCACUACAAGAGUUAGAACAAGCUCUUCGCAAACACAACGUCGCAGAACCGUUCUCCAUUAAAGUUCUUGACAAAGCUACAGUGCCAAUCAUCAAGUUGACAGACCAGGAAACGGAGGUGAAAGUCGACAUCAGUUUUAACGUGGAGACUGGAGUCAAAGCAGCCAGCUUUAUUAAAGAUUAUGUUAAGAAGUAUCCUGUUUUGCCUUACCUCAUCUUCGUGCUCAAACAGUUUCUUCUACAGAGAGACUUAAAUGAGGUUUUCACUGGAGGAAUCAGCUCGUACAGCCUUAUUCUCAUGGUCAUCAGCUUCCUACAGCUUCACCCUCGUAUAGACGCGAGGAAUCCGAACGAGAACCUGGGCGUGUUACUGAUUGAAUUCUUUGAGCUGUACGGCCGCCAUUUUAACUACUUGAAAACGGGGAUCCGCAUAAAAAACGGCGGAGCGUACGUCGCCAAAGAGGAGAUCAUGAAGUCUAUGACAAACGGAUCCAGGCCGUCUAUGUUGUGCAUCGAAGACCCUUUGCUCCCAGGUAACGACGUCGGCCGGGGUUCGUACGGCGCCAUGCACGUGAAACAAGUGUUUGACUACGCUUACACUGUCCUGAGUCACGCCGUGUCUCCGCUGGCACGAUCGUAUCCCAACAAAGACUCCGAAAGCACCUUAGGCCGAAUAAUUAGACUGACUCAGGAAGUGAUCGACUACAGAGAAUGGAUCAUUAAGAAGUGGGGAGGUCGCGAUCUUUCAAGAACAGAAAGUAGAGCCGCCUCAGUUUCAGAGCACGAGUCCAGCUGUGUUACCUCAGAGGACCAGCAGAGGGACUCGGUGUCUCCGCCCAGCGCAGACUCCCCCAUGUCCAUCUCCAGCCCCCGGCAGCACUCGUCUGCCUCCUCUGUGUCGUCUCUGUCGGGCUCAGACAACGACUCGGACUCCACUCCACCGUCGUGUCCCAUCCCUCCCCUUCCCCCUUACCCCUCCUUUCCUCACUUGGGACUGGCUUUACCACCAGGUUUCAGCUUGGCGUCUGGUAAACACAGCCUCGGAGCACACCCUCUCCUUAUACCUCCAGUUUCACAGGCUCAUGUCUCUCUGGCCGGUGGUCUAGCAAUGCACUCCUUGCCUGGCAGACAGGUGUGUAUAGAUGCCAGGCUCCCUCACUUCUUCCACAUGCCCUCCCCAGCCCAUGCUCAUGCCCCUGCCCCUUCUAGCCCCCAGCCUCUGCCCAGCUCCCCCUCCAGCCACGCCCACAAGAACGGAGCCAAGUUCAACAUGAAGGGCUUCCAUAACCCACCACAGGUCAACAACCCUGUCCUGGCGAACCGCGGCCACGUGCACACGCAUACACAGUACCACCGCAACACGUGGAGACGCAGAAAGAGGGACAGCCUCCCGGUCAGCCUCAGCAGAUAGGGGGCGCUCUCCUCUGUUUCUUCUGUUGCCUCUUUGGUGCAAGCAUCAGCGCUUAAGACGGAUCCUCAGACGCGGCCCCUGACGGGGGUGGACUCAUCCUUUUGUGUCAGACCUUCACUUUUUCUUGCAGUAUUUUUCAUUCAGGUCAUUUUGUUACUUUCCAGAACUUGUUUUUUAUUGAUGAGUCUUUUUGACGUUGAUCCGACUGCAGCCGAGCUGCUCGUGGUGUUUCACUUGAAAAAUUAACACUUGAGAACAAAGGUUUCAUUUGGUGCAAUAAUGUUGUUCUCUUUUUGAAACUUAAGUAAAGCUUAUUUAAUUUUGUGCUUAAACGUAAGGCAUUUUUAUAUUAUUUUAUUUUUGUAGGUUUUUAUUUGUUUACGGGCCUGUCUUUAGGCAGCAUCUCGAGUGACUUUAUCACUUCUAUUUUAUUGUAAUUGAAUGUGUGAAUGUUGCUGUGUCUCAUGAGUCUGAGAUGGACCUGCAUUCAGAAAGUCCUGACCCGUCCUCCUGCCUCUUUCUGCUCCUGCCUCUUUAAUAGAACUACAGCUGUAUUUCUAUUAAUGUUCAACUAGUUUUUAGGUUUUAAAACAAUCAAAUAAAUCCACGCUAUGCUGGAGGAGCAAAGGGGCCGACACAGUGCUCUGGGUCACGCUCCGGGUCACGCUCUGGGUCACACUCUGGGUCACACUCCGGGUGUCACACUCUGGGUCACGCUCCGGGUGUCACGCUCUGGGUCACGCUCUGGGUGUCACGCUCUGGGUCACACUCCGGGUCACACUCUGGGUCACACUCCGGGUCACGCUCUGGGUGUCACGCUCUGGGUCACACUCCGGGUGUCACUCUGACCGCUCAGUGUUUCCGUUGCAAAGUGAGCCUCAGUUUGUGUUCCGCUCAGAGUGUUAUUGUUGUUUAGGCUCAGCCCGGGCUCCUUAUAUUUGUUUCUAUUGUUAUAUUUGUCUGUCGAGCGAAGGAUUCACAGCUUAACUUCUUUCAAAGGAGUUUGAAGUCUGUGUGGGAAACCUUUGUGCGUUUAUUUUAGAUUGAAAAGUAUUUAUUUUGGGCACUUGUUCAUCAUAGGCAUAGACUUACAAUCCAUCGUUUUUUUUAAGCAGGAGCGGAAAAAGGUCAAACUGUGCGCUGGAGGACGGGGGCGGGUCUUUUUGAACAUCCAGAUAGGGAAUUCUAUUAUGAUUCCAUUCCGGAAUCUUGUACAUUUGAUUGCCAGGUACUUCCGCUAAUUGUUUGCAAUGCCUUUCUUUGUGUUUACUCGGGGUGUGUGUGUGUGUUGUUUUCAGUGAUGCGUGUCUCUCUACUCGCUCCCGCUCUCACAGAAAUGACUGUCCCAACUAGACACUACUCCCGAGAACUUUACGCACACCGGUGUUAUUACUAUGCAAGUGGAUUUAAUAUUGUGUCUAAUCUUGUCCAGUCUGUUUGUGGUUUGCUUUGUUUUCCCACUGAAAAACUCUGCCUGUUGGAAUAUGGAGUAAUGUUACGAAGCGUCAGACUCUUAAAAAGCCAACGUUUUGAGUGACCUCUGGCCUCCCCUCCUCAUCCUGUACUUGUACGAAGGCCAUACGAUGUUCCUUGUUUUUCCUUUAAAAAUCCCUGUCGGAUGUAAGGAAGCAGGGCUGUUCCCUUUGUGGUUGGAUAUGAGUCUGUGAUGUGCGUAACAUACUGAUAUAAUUGUGAGAUUUGUGACUUUUGCCAGUUUUAAGCCAACACGUGACGUUUGAUCUCAAGUGCACCCGGAUUGCGUCUUGCAGUCUGUCGGUGAACUCAAAACAGGCCAAAUUAUAGACCAACUUUACCUUAUAUUUACAAUGUGUUUUGCACUAGUACACUAUUGGUGUUUUGUUUCUGGUUAAACUUUGGCAACUCUCUUAGUCAAGAACUGUUCCCCCUGCACCAAAUACGUUUUUAAGGAGAAGCACAGAAUGAUCUUCAAAUCCACAUAAAUUACAUAAUGCUUUUAUUUUUCUGUUCUGGUUUGGUCCUUUUUGAAAAGAGCAUUACAUUUGUCGUGCAUUUCCACCAUUAAUUUGGAAACUAGAUGUACUCGAUUGACUUGUGGCAAUACUGUUGGUGAUGUAAAGUUGUUGACUUGGAGUUGUCUGCAUCCUCACAGCAAAGACUCACGUGUGGUGUCCUCAGAAGUGGGAUUAAGGAUGGAUUAAACUAAGAUCUGUGCAUUUCAGGAGUCCUACAUGGUUCACUCUUCUUCCUGUUGAGUUUCCUCUCGACUGACACUGAUGGAAGUGCUAAAACAAAGGUUCUGGUUGUGCUUUUGCCAAAUUGCCUUCACUUCUCGGGUCUGGUGUGAGUGAGAAGAAACCAGGGCAACAGAGACUAGCUCAGACCACUGAGACUUUAGUGUACACAUGAACAUGUAGAUGCAAUGUACUACGCCCCCAUUGGACACAAUGGUGGAUUUUAAACUGGCGGCUGCUAAAGAGCGGAGGCGGCCCCACUGUGAUGUGACCUGGCUAAGUCAUCUGAGCUGUGGCCCUCAAAGUGAGGGAACCACUGGCCAGCAAUUUGUUUUUGGACGUUUUUAUGUAAAUAUAUUUUUUUCUAUUUUAUUUUUUAAUAAACAUU